AAGCUUAAACAUUUUCUGUUUCGUUUUGCCUCAAGAACUCUUCUUCUUCUUCUUUCUCAGGUUCCCAAUUCCCUAAAUUUGGGAACCUGAAAAUCGCUUCCUCAGCUUCAUGAUCAAUUCUCUAGGUCAAAAAACCCUUAGAAUCUUUUUUUCUUGCAACUCACGGCACAUAACCUAAUAUAUACGUCUAUUCCGUCAGAAUGGGUCUCAAGCUCUCAAGAGGGCCUGGAAAAGAGAAAUCAACUCUGGAAAUAACGAGGGGCCACAUUCUGACUUACCUAACCACAAGCUCUUACCUACGUAGCUUGGUGUCCAAGAAACGAAGACGGCUAAUCAUUGGUGGAUAUGAUCUCGACAUGUCUUACAUCUCAGACAGAUUGUUGGCUAUGUCGUUUCCCGCUGAACGGAUGAGAGCUGUUUAUAGAAACCCUCUUUGGCAAGUCAAGUCCGUGCUCGAUAUGCGACAUCCUGAUCACUACAAGGUCUAUAAUCUAUGCAUAGAGGAAUCUUAUGAUCCAGACAACUUUUAUGGCCGCGUGGAGAGAUUUCCAUUUGAUGACAACCAUGUCCCAUCUCUUAAAAUGAUCCAACUUUUCUGCCAAAGUGUUCACUCUUGGCUCUCGUUAGAUCCCAAGAACAUCGCGGUUGUUCAUUGCAUGGCAGGAAAAGGUAGAACAGGGUUAAUGGUAUCGGCGUACCUUGUUUAUGGAGGAAUGUCAGCUGAAGAAGCUCUUGAGAUGUAUGCAAGCAGAAGAACCACAAACAAUAAUGGAGUCUCAAUACCAAGCCAACGUCGUUAUGUGAAAUAUUGGUCAAAUUUACUCUCUUUUCGUAAAGGAAUCGGAAACGGACCUCCAGAGGUUAGAUUACCUCAAGAACAUAGCAGAGAGUUGCUGAGAAUUAGACUUUACGACACAGCCAACGUUGAUUCCGUCUUCUUUGUGGUCUCAGAACUUCAGGAGGUUCCGAAUGAGAUCUAUCGACCAUCUGUAGAACUUGCAAGAGGUUGCUGUAGACAGUUCAGGAGAGGGUAUUGUAGAAGCUCGAGUCCACGGUAUUAUAUAUCACAUGUGAAUGAUUCAGAAGAAGAUGAGGUGCUAACAGAUGGAGAAGAGCCGCGCUUUGUUGUUCAAAUGGAUACAGAGAGUUCCAUUAUCGACGAGAAAACAUGUCUUGAUUUCUACUUUGACAAACCUGUGAAAGUGAGUGGAGACAUACGCAUCACAUUCUACCAGAAAAUGAUUGGAAGCCGUCUCUUUUAUACUUGCUUCAACACAGCUUUUAUAACCAACGGCUUGCUUCAGUUUUCCAUAAGGGAGCUGGAUAAAGUUGGUGGUAAUGGAAGAUCAAUAUCUGGUCCUGAUUUUAGCUUGGAGCUGCUUUUUGGUCCAGCUAUUACCAAAUCCGGAAAGCUUGUUUCCCGCAGUGACCUUUCAAUCUCUUGAAGCCUCCGUCUCAGCUCUUUUAAAAUCGAAUCGUUAAAGCUCAUAUCAUAUGAUUAUGAGUCUUUUAACAGUUCUGUUUCAGAAGAGCAGCCACCAGAAGGGUUCUGAAUAGCUCAAGCUGAUCCUGCAAACACUUUAGUGGCUGAUUCCAUAUACAAAUGCAGAGGCACAUGAGAAAUCUUAGCAGCAAACGAAUGCUUUCUC